AUGACUGGCAUCGUUGCUGCUAUCAGGAAUAACAAGAUCGGUAUGGCGGGUAUUCUGGACGAGGUGCGUAUACUGCCCAUAUUCGACGGCAAAGGAGUGACUUUCUCCGCAAUGGCGGAUGCUCUCACCUACCUGAUCAAUGAGAGGAGUGAUGAUGUGAAAGUUAUUCUCUUCACGGAAGGUUGCGAUUCAAGGAGAUCCCAAGCCGUUACCGACAAGAUUCGGGAAGCAACUGAAGCUGGCAUGCUCGUUGUUGUCACGGCAGGGGAUGAGAACCGGGAUCUGGACGUAACCCCAUCCUUCCCUUGUUCCUUCGGCCGCUCUGCCACUGAUGGAGUGUUAUGUGUGGCUGCAACGUAUGGUACCAAAAUGCAGCUCACCGACGAAAGCAAUUUUGGUUCAGCUGUUGACAUCGCCGCUCCAGGUCACGACGUAUUGGCAACUUUUCUUGGAGGGUACGGCACUUCUUCGGGCACUUCGCUUGCCGCCGCUAUCGUAGCAGGUAUGGCUGGGAUGCUCUACGGGCAGAAACACAUCUACCUUCGUUAA